GUCCUCCCCUUGCUGUCCUCCCUCUCGAGAACAUGCCUUGGUGAAUACUGCUCCAACGAGAAUCUUCUCGCUGGCUGUCUUAUCCGUCGUGGAGGAGACGGUGUGCACUCCCAUCGCGCUACCCCGCAAUGGCAUCGGCCAAUGAGGAAGGCGCGUCCCCCGCCACUGCCUCAGGCACUCUGCCAGGCCCCAGCAAGGCCCAGAUGCUGGCCAACGUGCUCUCCCUCGCACAGCAGUUCAGCACCUGUGUCGAAGCCUUCAACCUCAUCCACCCGCACAAGGACUCAGACCGCGCGCAGAAGGUCGCCCUGGCCAAGCUCGGCAUCCAGCAAGGCCGCCUCCUCAUCUUCGGCGAUGCGGUAGGCAUCUCAUCACCGCCCGCGACCAUCGCGCGCCACAUGAUUCCUAGCCAUCCUGGUGCCACGAAUCCAGAUCCACACCUGCCUGUCAAUUUCGGCAUCAGGGACCCGCACCUCGAUGACGAUGCUGUCAACCAGAAGGUGCGCGCAGCGUUGGAAGAGAUCGCCGGUCGUCCGUCUCAUCUCUCGCGGGAGGAAUUAAUGGAAAAGUACGGCCUCAAGACGCCGAAGCACUUCGCGAAAAUCGAAUAUCCCGCGCUAGACACAAACCGCCUCGAGGCCUUCCGCGAGAAGUACGCACUCUUGCAGGACCUGGCACGCCAGACCGGCGUAAGGACAGCCGUGCGAGCUCGAGCGAGCAUGACCAUGUCGCACUGGACCGUCCGCGACGUGCUCAAAUUCGACGCCUUUGUCAAAACCGUCAAGACCGAAGUCGACGGCCUGAUCGCUCUGCUCGACGUCAAAGAGCAGAUAGAUCGCGGCAUGCGGACGGAUAUCAAGGCCAUGGCCUGGCAUCCUGAUCUCUCCGGCCCGGUGGUACGCCAGGAUUGGGAGAAGUUGAGACUAAUCAGGGAGGCCGUUAUGGAGGAUUAUCCCGAGUAUGUCGAGGUUACGGACCGGGCGCUCAAGUAUAUCAGUGAGGAGUUGAGGGAUGCGAAGAUUGCGGGCUUGAGGGCGGCAUACGUGCCGCCGAUGGGGAGACGGAAGAGCGAGGAGAAGCCGAAGCCGAAAGCUACGGAGCAGCCUGUGAAGAGCCCGCGGCCCAGCUUGUUUUCGAACUUGCGGUUCCCCUCGUGGGGCAAGAGCCAGAAGUCGAGGUCCAAGAGUAUCGCGUCGCCUUCGUCGGUGGACGAUCAGGAUCCGCAGCGCUCGCUGUCUGAAGACAUCUCGAAGACGGCUACUGAAGAAAACGGGCUUGAACCGAUCCGGUCAAAAUCGCUAUCUGCGAUUCCAGAUGCGCCUGCGCCGUUUAACCUGGAUUCGAGGCUGCAGACCGUGCCUACGCACGAUGAGAGCAAGGACGGCGCGACCGUGCAGGUAGAUCCGACCCUGGCCAGUGUACCCAUGCAUGACGAAAGUAAAGAUGGCGGCAAUGCCCAGGUAGACCAGUUGACGCAUGCGGAUACGGCGAAUAGUCUGAUUGAUCGACAUGAUAUGUACAAGGAUGUGGGGAGGAUUGAGACGAAAGAUAUUAGGGGCAGGACGCAUGAGGUAGAGGGGAGAUGAAUGAAGAAGGGUCGUGUAAGAGAGGUUGCAGGAAGAGGAGGAUUGCGAGGGGAGAGAAUCAGUAUUGCCUUCCGCUUUGCGUGGUUUUGCAUAAGCAGCGUCAGAUACCUUUUUGGUGUGGUGGAGUGCUACCCCAUUUGGUCACAUGUUUUUGAAGGAAGCGGAUAAUGUUUCAAGAUGGACCUAUACAGCGCCGCACAGCAUGCAUCCGCGAUCUCACGUCUCUUUUCCUGUGUCGAACGAUGUGUGACAAUCAGCAUCAACCACCGUCCACCUAGCAGAGAUGGAUUUCGUAGAGCGGAUAUACGUUCUAAAAGAGUAAGAGGUGAGGUUUAGGGGGUUUGCGCUGCGUGAAGGGCCUUCACAUGACAGGACGU